AUGUCUUUCGUGACAGAUCACGUCAGCAAAGUCGAUGGCCAGCUUGAUGCGCUGCAGCUUCCGAGACAGCCCUCCAUCCCUUCCUCGCCCGAGCUUCGUUCCGCCUCUGAUGAGACUCAUGAAGCCGCGGAUGUCAGUGGAACUGGCGAACGUGACUUUGAGCUGCCUCGGAUUCUGAAGAUACAAGCUGCAAUUAAGACACUCUCCGCCGCCUCUUCGUCCAGAGCACUGCUUCACCCUGAUACAAUAUGGGUCAUCUUGAACCAGAUACUCGAAGCAUCUGUCCCCAGCAGUGAGGAGGCCAGAGUCAAUUCCUCACAAAUGCAGGAGCUGGAGUGGCUUUUGGUCAGCAAGGCUACUACGCAGACCUACGGGAUAAUCUUGAAUGCGUUGCUGGACCAGACAACACCCCUGAGCAACGACAUAGGAUACUGGGAUCAAGUUCUAGGUUCCUACAGAUAUACUGGGUUGUACACCGUUCAGACGUCGCCGAUACGUCUUUGGUACUGGGCCAACGACAUAUACGGCGACGCUUGGCAGCGCCUACAGAAUGUUCGAAGUGCUGGUGAAGGUGAAGAAGAAGCGAGAGUGCUGUCGGUAUUCGACCGCUGGAGGCAAUUCUAUAGCUUGAUAAAGGACAGUGUGCGCGAUCGUUCUCUGGAUGAUAUGCAGUCAAAGUUCUUGUCGCCCCUGACCAUGAGCCGCCUAGAGGCAAGAUCGAAGAGAAGCCACCUCAAAAGGCUACGUGAAAUGAGCGCAAGUGGGCUAGGAAUCCUCAUGGACGAGGGUAUGAUCUUCGACGCGGACGAAGAAGCACCUGUCAGCUUCAAGGAUCCAUCAGAUAGCAAAGAAGAAUGGCGAAGUGUUGUCUCAAAAAGUGUCUCAUUGAUGGAGAUCGUUUUACAAAACAUCCAUAUUCUUGAACUUGGAGCCGGCGAGUUUGAGGAGACUGUGUUCAUGAGCGUGGACGACGAUUCCCAGCCUCCACAGCACGACAGCAUGGAAACGCAGUGUGCCCCGCGAGUUGUACGGCUUGCUAGCCGUCUUCAGGAAAUAUUAUGGCUCCAUAUGCCCACUCACACCACCACUUCUAAAGCGUUGGCCACAGAGUAUGGAAAGCCUUCUCGCCUAGUUCGCUAUUGGCUGCCAGGGUUGGCUCUCUUUCUCUCGUCCGGUACCGUGCUCCGCAUACUGGUCAACCGGAAGGCAGAUAUCGUGACUUGGAUUCGCGAUUUCGGAACGACGUCUAUAGAUUUCUGGAACAAUUGGGUUGUAGAGCCUACGAAGAAGGUUAUGAGGACAAUACGACAUGACAAGGAAAGUGAGAUAGCCAUAAUGAGCAGGGAAAGUCUGAAAGGUGAUAGGGACAGCUUGGAACGCAUGGUUAUUGAUUUUGCACGCGACAAUCCCAACACUUCCACCGGUCUCCCUCUCACCGAUUCAGACAUUUCCGUUGUUAGAGCUAAAGUCAGGGAAGGGGAUUUGACGCCAGUGCUGAGAGCAUAUGAGAAAGACCUUCGGAAGCCCUUCCUGGGAACAAUUAGAGGAGAUCUCAUUCGCGCACUUCUCAUUCAAGUUCAGAAGACUAAGGUCGAUGUCGAGCUUGCUGUUAGUGGCAUCGAUGCCCUCCUCAAGAGCCAAGAAUUAGUGUUCGGAUUUGUAGGGUUGGCUCCAGGAAUGCUGGUUUCUCUCUCUGUGUCUCGCUGGCUUGGAGAUGUAUUUGCCGGACGAAAAGGUAAAGUACAGGGCAGAAAAAAGGGCAGCAUGAUUCGAAUUCUGAGGAAUGUUGAUCGGAUCCUGAGUGGCUCGACACCGUCGGAAAGUGGAAUGUUAUCUUACAAAGACCACGGCAUGCUAUUGUGUGAAGUUCAUUUACUCCGACAAAAGGCCCAGCGUGUCCUUCCUGGCGAGAUCUACAACGAGUUCCUUGAGGAAGUCAACGACCUUGUUGAUCUUCGGACUGGGAUUGAACGUCAGACGCGGGUUGUUGAAAGAAUUCGGUGGGCAUAUUCGAAAUGGCUCUAG